GCGAGUUUGAGCCAAUUAAUGCAAGGGAAACCGUUGAGCUGUGGCGCGAAGUUAUGAACUUUUGCAACUGAGGAAUGGACCGGCUGAAGGGAUCCUCUUUCUGACUGUCCUGUGGUCUGUUCAAAACAAUGGCUGAGAUAAAAGAUGACAAUGAACUGGACAUACUUGAAAAAGAAAUCAAGGAUUUCAGGACCACUUUCAGUGCCAAUUGUUAUGGUCAAUCUGUUGACCAGAUGUUGGGGUUAAGACAUCAGUUGCUGGAAUCUAUAAGCAAACUUACAGAGAAAUGGUCUACAAGAUUAAAGGAAGGGGACCUAAUGAUGGACAGAUUUCAGGAAUAUACAAAUGUAUUGCACCAGAAGAACAAAUCGAUUGAAGAAAAACAGGAGAAGCUAUCGGAAGUUCUUGCGAGCAUCAGAGAUGGAGAAAAGCAAAAUGCAGAUUUGAUGGACUCCGUUCAGGAGCUCAAGGAAAAGUUGAUCAAGACUGAGGAAACUAAAAGUAAAGCCACAGAAGAAAAGAUGGAAAGACUUAGAAAGGUGGAGAAGACAUUUAGAGAGCGGACUGGGCUAGAAAUACGGAAAACCUGUGCUAAUCAUCUGCAGUUUAUAUUCCGCUGUAUUGACCACAAAGAUCCAGAAAAGCCAUUCAUGUUUACCCUUUCCAUAAAUGAAGAAGGAGCCUAUGAAGUGAUCUCCUGUUCUCCCCCAUUAGACUGCAUAGAAGAACUCCAGCUAAAAGUGAGAGAAACCAAGAACUUUUCUGCAUUCAUUGCUAACAUUCGGAAAGCCUUCAUUGCUUUGUCAUAGAAGUGAUGUCUUGUAAUAACAGUAAACCUGCUUUUGUACCUACUUUUAAUGUUUACUUAGUGUGGGGGAGAAUAAAUAAAAGUAUUUAUUGGAUUCAAUAGAA